CCUCUCUCCUUCCUCUGUUCUUCGUCUUCUCCCUCCUUCCGCCAUUAUAAAAUCCUUCUCCUCUCCGCCAUUCUCGAGCUAGCCCAACCACUUCCGUAAGCAGAGCCCGCCGGAGAUUCAACGCCGGUCACAAUGGAAGUGGCGGUUCCGGUGCCUCCCGUCGACUUCAACUUCGACAGCGCCUGCUCUUCCCCUUACAUGACCGCUCCGUCCAGCCCUCGGCGGUUCGGCAACUUCUUCUUCAGCAGCGCCCCGACCUCUCCCACACGCGCCGCUGCAUUCUACUACGAGUUCAACGGCUACGGCGAGGAUGAUGUGGGGAGGAGUUCUUCGGCGUCGGAAAUCCCCUUUCUGUGGGAGGAGAAGCCAGGGUUUGCGAAAUCGAGAGUCGGCGGCGGUGAUGAUGGUGAAAGCAGUGUUGCCGAUGAGGAUUUCGAAUUUGAUUUCAGUGGACAGUUGGAGAGGAAUUCGUUGUCGGCGGAGGAGCUCUUCGAUUGCGGCAAAAUUAGGGCUCUGAAGCCACCGCCGUGCCAUCGAGUCACCGAUUCGGUCUCCUCCAAUGCGUCGUCUCCGAGAUCGUCAAAGAUUUCGCAGGGAAAGAGAAUGGUCCAAGAAGCUCUCUCUCCACGCCAUCACCGACGGAGAGAUACCGAUCCAUUCGAAGAAGCUUUCAAGGCAUCGACACGGAAAGCCGGCGGAAUAAACCGCGCCGACACCGACGCCGACGCCGACGCCGACGCCAAUCGAAAUCGAGGCAGAGAAAGAACGACGAGCACCGCCUCGUCGCGGUCGUCUUCCUCCAUAAGACGAACCGGAAGCCGAUCGCUAUCUCCUCUCCGAGUGUCGGACAUCAUCCUCGAUUCCGGUCAAGAAAUUGCUCAAAAAUCGGCGGUUUCUUCGGCCAUAAGCAACCAGAAAGACUCAAUCUCAUCAUCAUCGUCAUCAUCGGCCUCAUUCCUGUCUGCAUUUUCGUUCUCGAAAGGGCAGAGGAGAUGGAAAAUCAGAGACAUGCUGCUGUUCCGGAGCGCAUCGGAAGGGCGGGCGACGGAGAAGAAGGCGGCGGUGGAGGAGAUGAAGAAUUCGAGCUUCCGGUCGAUUGAGUCGGUAUCGAGUUCGAGGAGGAGAGGGGCGAUUUCGGCUCACGAAUUGCACUACAAAACGAACAGAGCAGUUUCAGAGGAGCUGAGGAAGAAGACGAGCUUGCCCUACAAGCAUGGCCUCUUGGGCUGCCUCGGAUUCAACUCCACUGUUCAUCACACUUUCUCAAGAGGCCUUGGCUCUCUCACACGAGCAUGAAUUUUUUUUUCUUUUUUCAAUUUUAGAUAAUUUAUUUGAUUCAAUGUUUUCUUUGAAAAAUAUAUAAGAUUAGAAUCUAAUUUGUAUAUCUGUUUUCGAGCAUAAA